AUGCUUAGGGAAUUGUUUAAGCCUCUUGAUGGUGAGACUAGGGAUAUAGAGAUAAAGUCACUACCUUUACAUUCUCCUUACAUUUUAGGAAGAAAUUUUGCAAAGCAGGAGCUCAAAGACGAGGUUGUGCGACUAGGAGUUGAGCUUUCAUUAUAUAUAGCUCAAGCGAUGUUUUUGUUAUGUGAUGACAUUCGUAGUAUGUUAUGGCUUUGCUAUAAGUUAUGGAGAGAUGCGGGACGAAGGUACAUUUAUCCUAAUAGUCUCGUGCUGGAAAGAGUGCUUCGUGUCAUUCAUUAUGUCUACUUCAAAUAUAUCGAACCGAAGAAUGGAGUAUAUCGUAAUGGUGGCUUGUCGGUCCAAAUCAGACUUGCUAUACCAACAUGGGAGAAUUUUGAUGAUGUGAUCUUAUCUCUGAAUGUCCUUGUACUGGUUCUCAGACAAGAAGGAAGAUGUGCAUCUGGCCGAAACUUUAUGUCUAGUAUGGAAGAACAACUGAAGAAGGUAGAAGAGAAGUUGAGGUGUGGGAAGGUUGUUUCAGAGGCGAAUGGGUUUAGAAGGGAAGUGAUAGAGCCUAGCUUUUUCGGCUUGUGGAAGUCUCUAUUUAAUAAAGAAGCUAAUAAUGAAGCAACGCAGACUCUGAAAGUGAUAAAGAAUAGAAUUCUUAGCGACCUUUUUCUACCUCUACAUAACGAAGUAGCACCACCACCGUAG